UUGAAAGAAGGCAGCAAGUUCGAGCACCACUCCGUGAACGCAGCGCGAGUUCAAACGGGGGCUUCAUCCGAGCAAUAUGGACGAGUAUGUUGGGACCAUCGGGAUGAUAUUCAUUGGCAUCUUCGUCAACACGUUUCUUUAUGGGAUUGUCAGCGUGCAGUUUAUCAGGUAUUGCCAGGCAGGCGUUAGCGACGUGCGGGCCUUUAGGGCCCUAUUUGUGUCCACCUUCCUCGUGGAUACGGCUUACAGUGCUUUAGUUGUACAGCUUUUAUGGCACCUCUGCGUAACAAACUACGCUAACCCCGCUAUAAUCUAUAAGCCAGCAUGGCCAAUCGACAUCGUGCCGAUCCCAAAUGCAUGGUCAGCGUUGGUUACCCAGUUGUUUCUUACUAGACGUCUCUGGAGACUGGUCUCCAGCAAGCUUCUGGCUGCCACCUGCACGCUGCUGGCGAUAUGCGGCUUUGCGCUCGCCAUUUGGGUCACGAUUCAGACGCGCCAGGCGAAAUUACACGUUGCACACGACCAAAUAGCGGGCUUGGAGGUCCAACGCCCCAUGAUAGCCUGGCUCAUCACGACCGUUGCGACAGACAUCAUCAUCACCAGCGCUCUAAGCGUAGCACUCCUACGGGUCCGUACAGGCUUUGGUGUGACGGACCGUCUCGUGGCCCGGCUCGUCCGGGGAGCAAUCCAGACUGGCGUAGUCGCGACCGUUUUUGCUCUCGGCUGUCUCCUGUCCUUCGUCUGCUGGCCUGAAGUUGACCUGGACCUUGUGUUCGGCAUCCCAUCUGGACGCGUAUACACCGUUGUAAGUAAGCUUCAUCCUGAUUCCUAUUGUUGUCAUAACUUCAAGCCGUCAUGCUGAGUACGCUAUCUUCAUGCCUAUGCACUCACUAUCACUAUGACUUCAGACACUGUUAUACUCGCUAUUGUUGCAAGCGGAAUCCAAGGACCGUUCGUCUCGGCACUAUCGCUCGGGACGAAGCGAGAGCGUCACAUUAUCUCGUACAGCGCAACUUACUACCGGGAUAUCUGCUUAUGAGCUUGACACAUUUGACUUGGAUGCAAAACCCAGGGAGAGGCCAUUAGGAAGACCAAUGGGUGUAGAUGUAUAGUUUCUCUGCAGUGUACGUGUACUAGUUACAAGACCAACCAUUUCUC